AGAUACGUAGGCACAGUGUUACAAUCGAGUCAAUGAUACAGUCUUUCAUCUGCUGUCCGAUCAACAACAUACUGAUUUACGUUCCUUUUCUUUCAUUUGAAUUAUUAAAUUUUAUAAGACAGUGAUACGUCGCAUAUACGCAGUGUCCGGCUGGAAUUUUCGCGAAUACCAUCGAAAUUAAAUUGUUAUUAAAAAGUGUUUUAGAGUUUUGUAAAAUAAGUAUUAAACCAAAUAUGAAUCUAUUCACAUCUUCAAUUAAACAGAUAUCACGAAAAAUGUAUAACAAUAGGCAUCUGUCCACUUGUAUAACACAAUUACAUCACUGUCCUGGUCCUUUAACUCAACUUACAGAAGAAGAACUUCUAAUGAAAGAAAGUGUUGCUAAAUUGGCUAAAGAGGAAAUUGCUCCGCUUGUGCGAAAGAUGGAAAAGGAGGGAAAAAUAGACGAUGCUGUAGUACGAACACUUUUCGAAAAUGGUUUAAUGGGCAUCGAAGUACCGGAGAAAUACAGUGGUUCUGGGUGUAAUUUCAUGACAACGGUUUUAACCGUUGAAGAAGUUGGCAAAGUUUGUGGAGCUGUGGCAGCUCUGGUUGAUAUUCACAAUACUUUAGUGAACUCAUUAGUUGUGAAAGUCGGCACGGAAGAACAGAAAGCAAAAUAUCUGCCGAGAUUAGUACAAGAACACCCGGGAAGUUUUUGUCUUACGGAGCCUGGUUCAGGAUCAGAUGCCUUUUCUUUGAAAACCGAAGCAAAAAAGGAUGGAUCUGAUUAUGUUAUAAACGGAACAAAAAUGUGGAUUUCAAAUUCCGAUAUUGCGGGUUUGUUCCUUGUUUUCGCAAAUGCAAAUCCUUCUGCCGGAUACCGUGGCAUUACAACAUUUCUUGUAGAACGAGAUACACCUGGAUUAACAGUCGCAAAACCUGAAGAUAAGCUAGGAAUUAAAGCAUCGGGUACAUGUAUGAUUCACUUCGACAACGUCAGAGUUCCUGAGGAAAAUAUCUUAGGAGAACUUGGGCAAGGGUACAAAUACGCUGCAAAAUUUUUAAAUGAAGGACGAAUUGGUAUUGGAGCUCAAAUGAUUGGUAUAGCACAAGGCUGCUUCGAUGCUACCAUACCAUAUACAUUAGAGAGGAAACAAUUUGGAAAAGACAUAUUCUCAUUUCAAUCUAUGCAACAUCAAAUUGCUCAAGUGGCCACUGAACUUGAAUGUGCCAGGUUACUGGUUUACAAUGCGGCCAGAUUAGUCGAUGCCAAAAAAGAUGUAAUAAAAGAGGCUGCCAUGGCAAAACUGGUUGCUUCCGAAACGGCUUUACGGGUUACCGCAAAAUGCAUCGACUUUAUGGGUGGAGUAGGAUUCACAACGGAUUUUCCUCAAGAAAAAUAUUUUAGAGAUUCGAAAAUUGGGACUAUUUACGAAGGCACUAGCAAUAUGCAAUUGUCAACCAUAGCCAAAUGCAUUCGUCAACAAUAUUCGUGAAAAUAUGUAGUUAUACUCGUCCUUUAAAUCAAAAUUUUAUACUGUAUUUUUUAUAAUUAUAAUAGAUAUUUUUUACAAUUAUGUUCUUUUAUAUUCCAUUAAUGAUAAUAAAUAUUUUAUUGAUAAAUUUA